UGUUGGUGUGAGGGAAUAGAAAUGACUGCGUUUUGAGUCUUUGUCCUCUUCACCCAUUCCCUUCUCCUCUUUCUUCUUCCUCUCCUUCCCUUUCUCUGCACUCGAUCUUGCUGUUCUUGUCGUUGGUUUUUUAUUUUUAUUUUCUUAAAAAAAAAGGGAAAAAAAAUCACUUUUCAAAUCUAAGCUUCGAGUUCCGGAGCUCCCUAUCUUUCUCUUUCUUUAUCUUUCUUUUUUAUUUUUAUUUUUCUCUAUCCUCUCUUUUUUCUUAAUAUUUUCCCACUUCCCUUAAAAUAAACAAAAGCUUAGAAAUUUAAUUUAAUUUUUUUUUUAAUUCGGGGUUUUAUUUUUAAUAUUUUCCUUGUUUUCUGUUGUGGCUUUUAUUUUUGCCCUUUGAUGUGUCUAUGGCUGGUUUGGAUUUAGGCCCUGCUUCUCGCUACGUUCACCACCAGCUUCACAGGUCGGAAUUCAACCUUCAAUUACAACAACAACAUCAUCAUCAACAACAACAACAGCAACAGCAACAAGAUUCUGAAGACGAUGGAGGACAGUACUCUGGGGAUCCUCACCAAGACGAUGGUCCACACCAAGGUCUCGAACUUGUCACCAACAGCUCAGGCGGAGCAGGAGACAUCGCGGGUCGGCGUCCACGUGGCAGACCACCUGGUUCCAAGAACAAGCCCAAACCGCCAGUCAUAAUCACCAGAGAGAGUGCGAAUACUCUCAGAGCCCAUAUUCUGGAAGUGGGAAAUGGAUGCGAUGUGUUCGACUGUGUCGCCACCUACGCACGGCGUCGACAGCGUGGGAUCUGUAUUCUCAGUGGCAGUGGUACUGUCACAAAUGUAAGUCUCAGGCAACCAGCGGCGGCGGGAGCUAUUGUAACGCUUCACGGAAGGUUUGAAAUAUUAUCACUCUCGGGAUCUUUCUUGCCGCCGCCUGCUCCACCCGGCGCCACCAGCUUGACUAUAUUUCUGGCUGGCGGACAAGGCCAAGUGGUGGGAGGGAGUGUGGUUGGGGAGUUAACUGCAGCCGGCCCGGUUAUAGUGAUUGCGGCUUCUUUCACAAACGUGGCUUAUGAGAGAUUGCCCUUAGAUGAAGAGGAGCAGCUGCAGAUACAGACGCCUACUGCGCAGCAGGGUUCGGGUGGCGGUGGCGGAAGUGGUGGUGGUGGUGGUGGUGGUGUGGGUGGGAGUAACCCUUUUUCGGACCCGUCAGCCGGGUUUCCUUUCUUGAAUUUGCCGCUUAAUAUGCCGCCUAAUGUCCAGUUACCAGUCGAUGGAUGGGCCGGGAACUCAGGCGGCGCAGCGCGCGGCGGUCCCUUUUGAAAGGUGAUUUGAUUGUAAUGUGAGAUGGAAGAGGCUUGCUUUCUGACGAUGUUAUAAAAAAAGGUCAGGACAUUAUUCACGGACCGUCAUGUUUCUUCUCUUUUCUAAUUCUUCUUCCUCUUCUUCUUUUGUUGAUGUUGUAGUAACUCUUUUCUUCUUCUUCUACUACUACUGCUUUCUUUUUGGUUCUUGAAAAAAAAAAAAGAAAAAAAAAAAAGGUACUAUUUUGUAAUGGUGACUCUAUUAGUUCUUUAUAUGAAAUGGUUUGAGGAUUCAGCUAA